AUUUACUAAAUAAAUAAAAAUAAAAAUAUUUAUAUAUAAAUAAAUAAAUAAAAAACUAUGAAUACGCAGUUUUGAUCUACGAAAUGAAAAGAAAAUAACACAAACGAAUCCCAAUUUCCAUUUUUAUCUCUACACCCUCACGAUCCCUCUUUGCUGCCGUCACCUCCGCCGUUGCUGCGGUCGCUCUUGCUGCAGUCGCCUCUCCCCUCUCGCCGGUUAGUGUUGGAUUUGCAUACAAGGAAGCUGUUGUUGAGUUUUGUGACCAAGUCCAUCCACUUGCUAAGGUUGAUAAACCUUGUUGCAAACUUUUUACAUCUUUGGAAUUUGUCAUCUUGAACUAAGAAGUAUCAAUCUAGAUUAAAUCUCAUUGUAGAGAAAAAAGGUUGAAUACAAAGCUAAAUGGCUGGCAACAACAAUUUCUUUCCUUCAGCAUCCCUCACCAGCAGUGGUCGCCCAGUUCUCCUUCCUAAUGAAGUGGAAUGCCAACUGCUUUCUGCCGUGGAUCUUGAAGAUGAGGAUGUCAAUGCCAACUUCUCUCCCUUAAAAUCAGGUGUGCUUAUCCUCACCACCCAUCGCCUCCUCUGGCUCCCUUCCAAUUCCAUCUCCAAUUCCACUGCAACUGCUAUCCCUCUCUCCUUCAUCACCUGCAUCUUCUCAUCCAAAAAAUCCAUCAAAUCAAUUUUCCACUCUCCGCGCAUUCGGUUCCAAGUUUCCGUGCAUUCCAAAAGUCUGGUGGUCACAUUGGUGCUCAGAGGAAAGGGUGAUUCUGAUGGGUUUUUAGCCAAGUUCUUGGAGAGUUGGAAUGGAAGGGCUUGGGAGACUGAUACAGGGGGUUCCAGUUCUGGUGAUUCUGCCCCGACUUUGGUUUCUGGUGCAAGUUCUAAUUCUGGUGGGUUUUAUUCGAGUGAUGGGUCUGUGAGAAUGGUUGGAGUAGCAGGAAUACUGAGGAAGGAGCAGCAGAUGUGGGAAAGUACAGACAAGAGCUUGCAGGAGGCUUUCCAAGACUUGAAUGCACUCAUGAGCAAAGCUAAAGAGAUGAUGACGCUCGCUGAGAAAAUGAGGCAAAAGCUCUUGUCUGGGUCAAAUUCUCAUAGUGCUGAUACUAAUGAGGAAAUGGGUUCUAAAGAGGAGAUGCAAGAUUGGUUGCUGAGUGUUGGUAUCAUAUCUCCAGUGACAAAAGAGUCUGCAGGUGCCCUAUAUCACCAACAAUUGUCGAGACAGUUGGCAGAUUUUGUCAAGAUUCCUUUAGAGAGAGCCGGAGGGAUGAUCAAUCUUAUAGAUAUCUAUUGUCUCUUUAAUCGUGCUCGGGGCACAGAAUUGAUCUCACCAGAGGAUUUGUUGCAAGCAUGUACUCUUUGGGAGAAAUUUGAUGUACCAGUCAUGCUUCGUAAAUUCGAUAGUGGAGUCAUGGUCAUCCAGAAUAAGUCCCACAGUGAUGAGGAGAUUUUUGCUCGAAUCAAAGCCCUUAUCACAAGGCCUGAUGCCCUCCAAGCUGGUAUAACUGCCACUGAUGCUGCAAUGACUUUGGGUAUUGCUCCAGCUAUGGCUAAAGAGCACCUUCUAACUGCUGAAAGCAAAGGUUUGCUAUGCAGGGAUAUAAGCCCUGAUGGGUUUUGCUUUUACGUUAACCUCUUUUCUGAAAUCGAUUCUGAUGAUGUAUUCUUGGAAGCAAGAUGUAUUCUUUUUGGGGUUCCUAUGUUCUCAAACGGGUGAAAGAUCAUGGUGUCUAUUCUUUGUGGGUUCGAGCUGUAUCUGCUUUGUAGAGAAGCUUAUAAUUUUUUGGCUGGAAGGUGAGAGAUGGUUUCUCUGUUGGUUUCUGCUCUAUCAUGCUAUGGAAUUAACGACGAGAAAUGAUGAUCACUUGAUGCAAUGAAUGGUUUCUGCAGUUUAUUUCAGAGCCCAUUUAGGUUGGAAACUUGGAAUAACUCUCCAGGCUUGAGUUCUUCAUUGCAUGCUUGGUGUUCAAUGAAGAAGGAUUUCGCAGACACUAAUCUAUUUAUAAAUCCAUUGAGGCCCAAAACAUACAUAUACACAUAUUCAAUAUUAUUGAUUCAUUCUAUUUAAUUGAAAGACAAUCAUAACUUAAAAUGAGAAAGUUGUCUCAUUUUUCAAA